CUAUGGUUUCGAAAUUCCAAGAAGAUACGAAGGGGCUCGACGAAAAAGCGUUCGAAGAAGAAAGUGAAUCUCGAACCCUAAAAGAUAAAAUGUCGGGAUUAGAGCUCGAAAAGGAGACGGUGAUGCAACAGUACAAACAGUGCCUCGAAAAAGUAUCGGAGUUGGAGAACAAAAUCUCUAUAAUCGAAAAUGAGGCCAGCCUUCUUAAGAAACGAGCCGAGAGAGCUGAAGCUGAAGUUUCUGAACUAAAAAGGGCGUUUGCUGAUCUGAACAAGGAGAAAGAAGCUUCGGCCCUACAGUACAAGUGCUGCCUAGAAAUUAUGUCCAAGCUCGAGAAAGAUAUAUCAAGCUUGAAUGAUAAAGUCUCGAUUGGAAAUGGAAGCUCAAGACUACCGAAGAGAAGUGGCGAAUUGGAGAGUCUUGAAGUGCGUUUAAAGGACGAGCAUUUACGUCACGAAAAAGUCGAAGCCACUCUCGAGACUCUGCAAAAUUCGCACUCUAAAUCUCGAGAUGAUCAAAUGGCUCUGACGCUUGAGCUAAAAAAUGUAGUUCAAAAGCUGAAAGAAACUGAAGCUAGCAAAAGUUGCUUGGAAGAAGAGAUUCGGCAUGUUAGAGAUGAAAACGAUAGUUUCAGCCAAACUAACUCUUCUAUAGAGAGUAUGCAGAAUGAAAUCUUUAGUUUGAGGGAGAUUAAGGAAAGGCUCGAAAAGGAAGUUUCGCACCACAUUGGGAUAACUAUUUCUCUUCAAAGGGAAAUUUCGAAUUUGAAAGAAGAAAUCGAAGGGUUGAAUAGGCACUAUCGGGAUUUAGUGGAGCAAGUGGAAGAAGCAGGUCUCGACCCCACGUGUGUGUUGAUUUCGAUUAAGUGCUUGCACGAGGAGAAUUCGAAGCUGAGGCAACUAUGCGAAAACGGCAGAAACGAGAAAGCAAUCAUGUCGAAGAAGCUAGAGAAUAUUGAGGACGCAUUGUUGGAAUCGGGCUAA